UUGCCGGUGGUUCCAGUACAAUUCUUCUUGUGUUGUUGUGAAGAUUGGUACAAAGGUCACAUUGUCACUGCGUUACACUGACUGACUGGUUGAGGUUUGGACCCAUCGCCCAUCGCUUUUUUUGUGGGUUGGAUGAUGGGUUGUUGUUGCUAGCUAUUUAUUUACUUAUUGGUGUUUUCAUGCUAAACCAGGAAAGGAUAUUUUUGUGUAAUGUGGUGACUGCAGUAUCCAAUCCACAACUUCCAGUUGUAUACAAACUAUGGAACUGACUAAACCAGAAUAGGAAACAGAGUUGUGAGGAUAUUAUUAGUACAUUUGCAUAUAUCGGAUAAUUAGUUGACCACAGGAAUUAUAUUUCCGAUCGUAAUAUUUCUGGAAAUUCAGCCAAUUCAGUCAAUCAUCACGCCAUUUACUGUUGCAAAGAAUCCGGGCGAAACUCUAACAUAGGCUUAAAGAUAUGAUACAUCCCGAUUUCGCAAUAUAGGAACAACAACAACAUGUUAAUCAAGAUCAUCCUCCGGCCACUUCACCCUCAAGGCGGAUCUCUGACAAGAUCCACCACUUCCAGCAGAUGCUUCUCCAAUUCCGCUCCGGCACAAAAUUCUAAUAAAAACCUGACAAUAUUUGGAAAAUCAAAGUCAUUCCUCUCUCCACGAGCCGUAUUGGGAGCAUCUUCUUAUCAAGUCUUCAAAAAGCAGAGAUCUACCAUGGCGCAAAUCGAUUUAGCCGUCAAUACGCAGAGUGGUUGCUUGGAAUUUGUCAUCCCACCGGAUUCAUCAACCAAAGAAAUUCUUUCCAAUGAUGCGCUCGUUUUUCUUAAAAAACUUCACCGGAAUUUUGAACCUCGGCGAAAAGAGAUUCUGGAAGCGAGAGUGAGACGUCAGCAGGCCAUUAAUGAAGGUAAAGACGUACUGGACUUUCUCCCAAGCACAAAAUUCAUCAGAGACGACCCCACCUGGCACAUUUCUCCACUUCCACCACAACUUCACAGACGCCGAGUCGAAAUCACGGGUCCAGUCGAUAGAAAAAUGGUCAUUAACGCGCUCAACUCGGGCGCAGACUGUUACAUGGCAGAUUUCGAAGACUCGACAGCACCAACUUGGCAAAAUCAAAUUGCUGGGCAGGCAAAUUUGAAGGACGCGAUCAGAAGACGAAUUGACUUCACUGCGCCAAAUGGAAAGGAGUACAAGUUGGAAGAUGAGGUGGCAACGUUGCUAGUUCGUCCAAGGGGAUGGCACCUGGACGAAAAACAUCUCUUAAUUGACGGAGAACGACUUUCUGGUUCGAUUUUUGACUUUGGGCUCUAUUUUUUUCACAAUGCACAAGAACUCUUGGCCAGAGGAAUGGGACCGUAUUUUUAUCUUCCAAAAUUGCAGUCUCAUCUUGAAGCUCGAUUGUGGAAUGACGUAUUCGUCUUUGCCCAAGAUGAGCUUGGCAUCCCCCAGGGGACGAUUAAAGCAACGGUUCUAAUCGAGACAAUAAUGGCAGCAUUUGAAAUGGAUGAAAUUCUUUACGAACUCAAAAAUCACAGUUCCGGGUUGAAUGCGGGACGAUGGGAUUACAUUUUUUCAUGCAUCAAGACAUUCCAAAAGAAAUCUCCACAAACGAUUAAUGGACCAUUCGCAUUUCCCGACAGGAGCCAAAUAACGAUGAACGUCCCCUUCAUGCGUGCCUACUGUCUCUCCCUCGUGCAAACUUGUCAUCGCCGACACGCCCCCGCAAUUGGAGGGAUGAGCGCCUUGAUCCCGAUCAAGGAUGACUCUGCCGCCAAUGAGAAAGCCAUGAGUGCCAUCCGCGACGAUAAGAUACGAGACGCCAAGGAUGGUUUCGAUGGAGGUUGGGUGGCUCAUCCUGGUUUGGUCAAUCUUGCCAUGGCCGAAUUUGUCAAAGUUCUUGGGGACAAUUCCAACCAAAUUAAGAAACCCUUGCUUCUCGAUUACGUCCCAAAAGCAGAAAAUAUCUUGAAUUUCCAACCAACCGAACCGAAAAUUACGGAGACUGGUUUGAGGUCCAAUGUUCGAGUUGGAAUUCAAUAUCUUGCCAGUUGGUUGGCCGGCGUGGGUUGUGUUCCAAUCAAUAAUUUGAUGGAAGACGCAGCUACGGCGGAGAUCAGUCGGUCACAAAUUUGGCAAUGGAUUCACUCAUCGAAAGGCGUGUUGGACGAUGGGAGGAAGGUGAACGACGCUUUAGUCGACGCCAUUACGGCCGACGAGUUGACAAAGUUGAAAAAGAAUUUCCCCAAUGUCAAAACCUUUGAUAAAGCUGCAGAUAUUUUCAUCCGGUUGUCAAAAAGUCCGAAUUUUGAAGAGUUUCUCACUCUCCCUUUGUACGAAACUUUCUAAAAUGGGCGAUAUAAAAAAAUUACUGUGUUGCUGCCUGAUGGGAUGAAUGAGACGUUAAACUUGCAUACAAAAGAAAUAUGUUGUUUAGAGAAUCAAGAGGAUUGACUCAUUUAUUCUAAAUUAUAAUUAAGUACUAGAUUAAAGUAUGGCAUUAAAUUUGUUAUUCCACUGAUCAACAUUAUAUUACAUGAUCAAUAAAAUAAAAAUGAUACAUUCCAA